AAUUGGUGAUCUGUGGAUCUUCUCACUGCCAUUGCUGAAUCUGAAAAGCUGAAAAAUACAAGUUCGAGCUGUUUUCCCGCCUGUUGUGCUUGCAUACACGAAAGUGCUGGAGAAGCUAAACAAAUGGCAAUUCAACAAUCUUCAGUCGUGGGCCUCUUCAUCCUGCUCGUAGUUCAGGCUGCUCAAGACGUUCCAGGUGUCUCUGCUCGCAGUCUGUUCAAUACGUCUUCUACGUCUCUAGUUUCUGGGCUUAAAAAUCCUCUGAAGGCACCCUCUCCUAGUACUCCAGAACAUCCGAGUCCUCCUGGUAUUUUGUCUAGUAUCACCAAUGCUCUUAAGGCACCUCCUAUGCCACCAUUGGGAUCUCCUAGUGUUCCUGCUUUGAACAUUCCUGGUGCGGGUAAUAUCGUCUCUGGAAUCACGGCAGGUCUGAAGGCACCGCUUCCUUCUCCCAAGAUACCUGGUGUGGCUGAUAUCGCCUCUGGCAUUACCGCAGGUCUGAUGGCCCCCCUUCCGUCUCCCAAGAUACCUGGUGCGGGUGAUAUUGUCUCUGGAAUUACCGCAGGUCUGAAGGCCCCCCUUCCUUCUGUCGAAUUACCUGGUGCGGGUGACUUAACCUCUGGAAUUUCCUCCGCUCUCAAGGCACCCCCGCUCGGUGGCCUUGGAGGACUUCUACCAACAGGAUCCUCGAGCUCGACGGCCCAAGAUGCAGCAGGGCUGACAAUUUCUGAAUCGGUGUCCAUCAGCUCUCCAGGAUUGGGUUCCACUGCUGUCACUGCCACCACUGUGAUUCCUCCUUUGGACAAAAUCCGCACUCCAGACUUGAAGGGAAUCUUCUCUGGACUCUUGCCCAAAAGCUCCCCCCCACCCCCUCCGCCUUCUCAGCCCUCAUCGGCUUCGUUGUUCCCUGGACUCCACUAGAGCAUAUCAAUGGAGUAUCUAUGAGUUCAUACACAUGAUCUAUACUUCAAAGAUUUCUCAUUAUAAGCGGAGUCCGCUAGCUGGAGUCCCGCUUGAAGAGCGACACGACCAUAAAUUUCAGAUCUGCGCACGUAACCAAGCAUUCUCGUGACAAUGCUUGGCAACAUUCUCACGUGGUCAGUGGCUUUGAGCAUCUCGGUAAAAGUUAGUCUCAAAACAUACUACUGGAUCAGAUCGAAAAAACGUCAGGAGUCGACUAAUGAGUCGCAUCAGACACAGGAAUUGCAUAAUUGGAUGUAGAGGACACAACCUGCUACAUUUCAAGCUCAAUAACGUUCGAUGGAUUCGUGCACGGAGUGGAAGUUAGAUGAACGCGGCAGCUUUGAAAGAAAUUGGAUCCAGCUGCCAAUUUACCAACGAUCUACCACAAAGUUGUCGAAUGGAAUAAUGCUUCCAGAUGAAUAAAUAUGUACGAUAUCUCUUGAGAAGUAUCAGUUGGUUUUACCCCUCGCAUCACAUUCCUCUGUAUUUUCCCCAAUCUUCAACCUGUUCUCAGAUUCCAACUUAUUU